CCGGGCCAUCGACUGCCCCUACUGGGCUGGGGCGCCCGGGGGGCCCUGCCGGCGGCCCUACUGCCACUUCCGGCACCGCGGGGCCCGGGGCCCCGGCGCGCUGGUCGGCGGUGGAGCGGCGCCCCCCGCGGCAGGUAAUGCCCGACCUGGGCUUGGCUCCCCGACCCGGGGCUAGACUCCACGGCUGGGACUUUCCCGGCUCCUCCGUUCUCGGCCCAGACCCCUCCCCGGACGCUGGUGGGCGUCGUCUCGCCAGCCGGGACCGGGACCACCCACCCCGGGGCCCGGUGCAAGUCGCGGGGUCUGUGCGAGCCUCCGUUUCCACGAGCGUACGGUGUAACCGUGAGGGGGCAUGCCGUCCUAGAGCUGUCGCGAGGGUGCAGUGAGCUAGCGCAGGCCGAACGCUGAGCACGGGGCUCGGGAAACGAGCGCGGCUGACACUGGUCCGCAGGCCCAGGACUCCCCCUGCCUUUACUCGCACCCGAGUUUCUCGCUGGGGUGACCAUCCCCGCCGCGCCCCCAACCCCAGGUGCUGUGGCAGCUCUUGUUUGCUGCUGCGUUGCGUUCCCCCUCCGCGCCUCCAGUAGUGGGGUCGGGAGGGUCUUAGGAGCACCUACUGUGUGUCGAGCCCUGUGUCAGACGCAGCUGGACAGGGAGUAAGCCAAACCCGAGGGCCUGGGACGGGAGGGCGGAUAGGCUCCCAGGAAAUUACCUUCUUUUGGUUGGGCAGAGAAUGUUAGCGGGCUGCACGUCGUAUCCUCGCGGUGAUUGUCAUUGUCAUGGCAGAGUUUGGUGAAAGCUGGGAGCGCUUCUUGCAGGAGGUGUGGGAUUUCAGCGGAGACUUUAAGAACGGGGAGGGGUGGGGGGAAGGAGGACAUCACAGGGAGAGGCUUGGAGGGAGGAUUAAGUGGUGUCAUUCCUUCUGAGGGAAACUCAGGCUCCCGCUGGUGAUCUCUGUCCUUCAGGACUGGCUGUCCCUUUCCAUCAGACCCAGACUCCCUCAUUCAGCCUCAAUUUCAAAUACCCUCUCUGUCUUUCCCCAGGAAAAAUGUUUUUUAUUUCAGAACCGUCUUCGAAAGAGGAGUGCGCCGGCUGGGAUUAAAUAACAGGCCUGUUUUCCCAUUUUGCCAAGGAAAGAAUCGUAGGGUUUUUUAAAUUUCUCGCACGAAUUUGUUUAGCCCCCCGCACCUGCAGCUGACGGUUUGCAGACAGCCAGAUGCGAGCGUUCAUUGUCUGGCUCCCCACCUGUUCUGGGCACGGGGCAUUCAGAGCCGCGAGCCACGGGCGCGGCCGUCAGGAACCUGCUGUUGAGAACACCAAACAGAGGUGCCCCCUGGUACCUCAGCAUCGGGUCAUUAUCACUCCCGUCUCUCGUGGGGGCCAGGAAGGUGGCGGACAGCACGUUGGAGGCAUCUGGGAGUCAGCGCCCAGCUCACGUGUGGAGACGCGGUUUCUUGACUCCGUUUGUUUGCCUCUUGGUGUCCUACGCAUUGCUUUGCAAAGAGCCCCUGGGUUUUGGGUUUCUCUGGGUGAGUCCAGAGAGGGCCGGCCCACUCCCUUUUGCCCCUGACGUUCUGACUUGGCCCCAAGUCUGCAUGUUGCCUUCCAGCCUUCCGUUCUGGGGUGUUGAUUUCUGUCCUCGUGUGUCCCUCCCGUGGUAAGUCACUUUUCAGAUUUCUUUCUACGUCAGGAAUGGCCAGUUAGUUUCCUAAAGGAUCAUUUCUAGGAGCCUGUUUGGUGAGGAAGUCCUGUGGCCCCACUUGCUGUAGGGGAAAAAUGCAGCUGUCUACCCCUUUCCAUGGUGGGUCUGCAUUUUCUUUUUGCAGGGAAGGGAGGGAGGAGAGAGGGGAGGGAGGGGAGGGAAGGCCUGCUUUCUGGUAGCGCCGCCUCUCCUGCAGAGGGGCAGGGCCAAAUCCCAGCUCAGCCUCUUCCUUGCCGUGCAGCCUCUCUGACCCUCUGUUUCCUUCUCCGUGGCAUGCUUCUGGGGUCGCUGCCCUGUGAGGACGCCAGGGGAGAGUGUGUGCCUAGUCCUUUCCCUCCCUUCCAGCUUCCCCCUGCUCCAGAUUUUGACAAGCUCAGUUUCCUAUGGGUCGGAAGAGGCCGCAGCGGUCCAGAUGUGCACAGGGAGGCGCUCUUGCCAGGGUGGGCUGGGCCAGCUUUGCUUGGACUCAUUUUUAAGCAACAGCGUUGCUAAGGUGCUUGGUGGACGCAGCCUGCAGGUGGGGCGUUGGGGUCCCCGUGAGGCCCAGCACCUCCAGUCUUGGGCCGCUGGGCGCCUGAGCCUUUUGGCAGAGUCUGAGGCCCGUGAGGGGCCGGGGCAGGGAUCCUGUUCCUUCCAGACCUUCAGCUCCAGCCCCGUGCCUCCCAGUGUGGGAUUCAGGAUCCCCGCCUCCGAACUUCGGUGUGAUAUUGCCCAGUUUCGGCAGCACGCGCUUGGGCAGGCUCUCUAUGACUCUGAAUGGUAGGGAUGAUUGUCCCCAUUGUACAGAUGAGGAAACUGAGGCCCAGAGAUGGGAAGCCACUCUCCUGUGUGCACGUGGCCGGUAAGUGGGGUUAUGGGAUUGAGUUUGGGCAGUCAGGCCCUCGCCCCACCACCACCUUCCUCCAGUUUCUGCUGCCCAGCACCUGCGUGUCUCGCACACGCCUGGGCACCCACUGUGUGUCAGGCUCAGCGCUCUGCGCUCUGCCCUGGGGCCGGCAGGUCACAGCGAGUCUUGGGAGACACAGAAUUGUGACAUCUGAACACGAAACCUGAGGACAGGCUGGAAGGCAGGAGCGGUCACGGCCGUGGCAGGGGUGGCGGCUCUCGGGGCAGCCCUGCCCCUGGGCUUCAGAUUUAGGCCCUUGAAGGCCCUGCGUGGUCUGGAGCCCCGAGAGCGAGCACCGCUUCUGUAGGGCAGCUCUGAGCCCACAGAGUCCUGCAGAGGAGGGGGCUAGAGCCAGAGAAAUAGGGCCUCCCAGCAGAGGGUGGGUUCUGUUUCCUCCGCGAGCGGACUCGGGACAGGAAGGGCACGGCCUCAACGAACAGGCAGCCCCCGAGGCGUGGCCACGCUGCCCCUCUGCUGCUUCCUCUGUGGGCGGGGUGCCGGUGGGUUUCAGGGGGCGACUCCCCCACCACGGAAGUGUGCUUUCCUGCGUCCGGCCCGUCAGCGCUGUGAGCGUUUCUGCGCCCUGAGGCCGCGGGAGAACCCCAGCAGAGCCUGGUGUCUGGAGGCCUGGCCCGGCCGAGCAAGGACCCUGCACCGUUUGCUCGCUGCCCCUGCCGCUCCCCAGAUGCCACAGCCCCCAGGGGCCCAGCCGCGCAGGCCUCCCACGGGAGAAGCCGUUGGUACUCUUGGCGGUGCUUCUGCUGUGCCGUUGCUGGUUUUCUGUGAGGAUGGCAUUAGAGGAGAGAUGUGGGGGUUUUCUGGGCCCCCGGGUGCGCCCUGCCUGUGGUUUCAGGGGCAGAGUCCCAGCCGGUGAAGCCUGCACGUUACCUCUGUUCAAAGCACUUCUUUUCAGGACUUGGGUAACGUUUGUUUUAAAAACAUUGGACGAUCCCCAAAAAUCCGAAGAAACACAUGGAAAUUGCUGCAAAUCCGUGCCUCGUGGCUUGCGGUGUUCCCCCUGGCCUGAGCUGGAGGAGGCCUGCUGCACUGGUGACGUCGGAUCGUGUUUUCCAAGGCUCCGCAGCCCCGGGCUUGGAUAUGACCCGUACAACCCCGAGCUGCCCAAGCCCCCCGUGCAGAGGGAGAAUGGCGCCCUGGGCAGCGGCGGGGAGCCCCGCUCGGACAUCCUGGAGCUGGAGCUGGUCAACCAGGCCAUCGAGGCGGUGCGCUCGGAGGUAGAGCUGGAGCAGCGGCGGUACCAGGAGCUCCUGGAGACGGCCCGCGAGCACCGCUCGGCCGAGGCCCCUGCCGUGGCACCCCGAGGCCCCGCCGCCAGUCCCGCCGCGGGCCUGGACGAGGACGCCUUCCCGCUGUCCUUCGAUUACAACCCUGGCGGCCGCCCGGGCCUGCUAAGCCCCGAUGCCGGCUACCAGCCCACUCCCCUGGCCACCGCCGCCGAGGCGGCCGGCAAGUACUCGCUGGCUGUGGAUCGCGCUCAGGGCCACGGCGGAGGGGCUGGCGGCGCCUUGGAGUACGUGCCCAAGGCUGUGAGCCAGCCCCAGCGGUACAGCCGCCCUGUCCCCAGCGGCAAGUACGUGGUGGAUGACUCCAAGCCGUCCACGGACCUGGAGUAUGACCCUCUGUCCAACUUCUCUGCCCGGCUGCUCAGCAGGGCCAGCUCCAAAGAUGACCGGGCCCCCAAGCGGCCCCGGGGCUCCCGGGGUAGCGAGCCCUACACGCCCGCCCUCAAGAAGCCCUGCGACCCCUUUGCCGGCUGCGACGCCAGGUUCUCAGACUCGGAUGAUGACGCCGCCGCUCCGGGUGAUGGGCCGGUCACCACGAGCCCCCCGCGAGCCCAGGCGGGCCCCGAGGGCAAGGCCCCCGGGAAGCCAGCCUCCAGGGAGGGCCAGGAGACCGAGGAGGGCAGCCUGCGCGAGACCAAGGAGAUGGCCGUGCAGUAUGACGUCGAGGACCUCGGGCAGCCCCCCAAGGGUCCCGGUGGGGAGCCCGGGGCCAAGCCUGUUUCCCCGGCCAGGGUCUCGCAGGACCCCAGCGGCCCCAAGGAGGGGAGACCCAAGAAGAAGAGAGGCGGGGCCCUGCCCGCCCCUGGCCGCAAGGACGGUGUCCGGAGGAAGGACCGGGGUAAAGAUGGAGAGCAGGGGCGGCCUGCCGGGAAACCCUGUGCAGACCGGCGGGGCGCGCGGGCCGGCAGCCCCCGGCACAGGGCCAAGCAGCCGGAAGGGACCAAGAAAAAGCCAUCUUCGGCCACCCCGGUGGCCAGCUCAGGGAACAGCCGGCCCGACCGCGGGGGUGCCCACCAGCUGCCAAGCAGGACGGGCGGGAAGACGCCGCCGGGGAAGCUGGCCGAGCGGAAGGCCCGCUCGCUGGACGAGGGUGCCUCCCGGGAUGCCCCCAAGCUGCAGAAGCGGGCGCUCAGCCACGCGGACCUCUUUGGGGACGAGAGUGAGGAUGAGGGCCUGGGCCCGGGGCCCGCGGCACCCCCCGCCCUGCCCUGCCUCAGCUCCAGCUCGGACUCGGACUCGGACUCGGACUCGGACUCGGACCGCAGCCUGGGCUGCUCCCCCGCUCAGGGGCCGCGCAAGCGCCUCAAGGCCCCGCAGCCCCCCUGUCCUGCCCCCGCCCCCGCCCCCGCCUCCCCCUCCGCCUCCUCCUCCUCCUCCGGGGCCGCCGGGGAUGUGGACUACUCAGCUUUGGAGAAGGAGGUCGACUUUGACUCCGACCCCCUGGAGGAGUGUCUGCGCAUCUUCAACGAGUCCACCAGUGUCAAGACAGAGGACAGAGGCCGGCGGGCCCGGCAGCCUCCCAAGGAAGAGAAGGUCGAAGCCCAGGGGCAUUCGGGCCUCACCACUCUGUUCCCGGGGCAGAAGCGGAGGAUUUCUCAUCUCUCCAAGCAAGGCAAGGAGGCAGAGCCCGGGAGGAGAGGCCCAGCGCCCCCUGCCCGGCCUCCCACCGCCCAGGAGGUGUGCUACCGGCGGGCCCAGCAGGCCCAGAGGGACUCCGCCGCCUGGCUCCAGGCCACCCAGCAGCCGGCCGAGAAGCCGUCGUCCUCCGUCCACAUCUCGGCCCCCGGCGAGAAGAGGAGGAUCGCCCACGUCCCCAACCCCCGCCUGGCUGCAGCCCCCACAGGUGCCAAGAGGACCCUCGCCGCCAGCAGCGGCCAGCCUCCCAAUGGCCCCGAACCGGACGGCCAGCCCCUGAAGGCGCGCACGCUGUCCGGCAUGGCGUCCAAGACCACCGCCACCGUCACCCCCAAGCGUGUUGCCCACAGCCCGUCUUUACAGAGUUUAAAGAAGCCCAUUAUCCCAAAAGAGUUUGGGGGCAAAGUCCCCACCGUCAUCCGCCAGCGGUAUCUCAACCUGUUUAUUGAGGAGUGUCUCAAAUUCUGCUCUUCAAACCAGGAAGCCGUAGAGAAGGCGCUGAACGAGGAGAAGGUGGCCUACGACCGCAGCCCCAGCAAGAACAUCUAUCUGAACGUAGCUGUGAAUACCCUCAAGAAGCUCCGGGGCCUGGUCCCCAGCUCCACACCUGGUCUCAACAGAACCAGCGGCCGGAGGGUUGUGUCCCACGAGAUGGUGCUGGGGGGCAAGUUGGCCACCAAAACCAGCUUCUCACUCAGCCGCCCGAGCAGCCCCCGGGUGGAGGAUCUGAAAGGGGCCGCCCUGUAUGGCCGCCUCAAGGAAUACCUGCUCACCGAGGACCAGCUCAAGGAGAACGGCUACCCCUUCCCUCACCCCGAGCGGCCGGGGGGCGCAGUCAUCUUCACAGCCGAGGACAAGAAGCCCAAGGACUCCGCCUGUAGAAUCUGCUGCCGCUGUGGCACCGAGUACCUCGUGUCCUCAUCCGGCCGCUGCGUGCGCGAAGAGGAGUGUUACUACCACUGGGGGCGGCUCCGCCGGAACCGAGUGGCUGGCGGCUGGGAGACUCAGUACACGUGCUGCUCGGCUGCCAUCGGCUCUGCCGGCUGUCAGGUCGCCAAGCAACACGUGCAGGACGGCCGGAAGGAGAACCUGGAAGGCUUUGUGAAAACUUUUGACAAAGAGCUUUCGGAAGAUGCUCACCCGGGCGUUUAUGCCCUUGACUGUGAAAUGUCCUACACCACAUAUGGCCUGGAGCUGACGCGCGUCACCGUGGUGGACACAGACAUGCGGGUGGUCUACGACACCUUUGUCAAGCCGGACAACGAGAUCGUCGACUACAACACCAGGUUUUCAGGGGUCACUGAGGCUGACCUUGUGGACACGAGCAUCUCGCUCCGGGAUGUCCAGGCCGUCCUGCUGAGCAUGUUCAGCGCUGACACCGUCCUCAUCGGACACAGCCUGGAGAGCGACCUGCUGGCCUUGAAGGUCAUUCACAGCACCGUGGUGGACACGUCCGUGCUCUUCCCGCACCGCCUGGGCCUCCCCUACAAGCGCUCCCUGCGGAACCUCAUGGCUGACUACCUCAGACGGAUCAUCCAGGACAAUGUGGACGGGCACAGCUCCAGCGAGGACGCCAGCGCCUGCAUGCACCUGGUGAUCUGGAAGAUCCGAGAAGACGCCAAGACCAAGCGGUGACCGCCGCCUGCCCGCCUCUCCCGCAGCCCCGGCCCGGCCUCUACCCCAGGCCUCUUCCAAAACAGUGCAAUAAAUCUCGAGAGCUAACCCUGUCCACGUCGCCGAGACAUGGAAACAGAGAGAGCGGGACGAGCCGGCGGCACAAGAGCCCCAAGCCGAGACCACCUGGAGCCCUGACACCCACCCCCCGCCUCCCGACCUGGCCCCCUUGCGCCGCCCCCGCCUCUCCCCCCACCCCCCCCCCCAACUCUGUCCUCCGGAGACUGCUGCUCAUUCCCAGACGGGACCGGGACAGACCCCACCCGGCACCCAGAGGGCCCUGCGGAGUCCCUGGCAGCCAGGCCUCCCGCCCCUGCCCCUUCUCCUGCCGGGCAGGCUUUUCACGGGUGUGUUUGAGACAGGGGUUGUCUUUUUUUAUUUUGUAUUGUUAUUUUUAUUAUUUGUAAUUUAAACCUGGCGAUUCGCACAGUUGUCUUUCCCCACCGGAAAAGGAAGACCCUGGUGCUGCCUUCCCCGUUGGGGGCGGGGGAGCGGGGCGGGGUGGGGAGAAGUCGGGGGGCCGGAAGCCGGCACCUUGGCAGCCACCAGGACGGAGAGUCCAGUCUGGCCCGGCCGAGCGGGUGGAAACUGGCCUCCCCAGACCCACCUGGACUCCGUGACCUCUGGGAACGAAGCCAGCCCCUCCGCCACCCCCCAGGGCCUCGCCUUCGGGACCCCUCCAGGGCCCACCAGCCUCUGGACCCUGUCUUCCUGCUGGAGCUCCGCCCUCCCCCCCCAGGGGCUGUCUGUAAAGGCCUGCAGCCCCCCCUAGGGCCCUGACCCCUGGUCCCCUGACCCGAGGCAGGAACAGAAUAAAUGUUUGUAUGGAUUUUA